AUGCAGUACGAAUCAGACGGCGUCGAGCGCGUCGUCGGUUAUCAAUUGCGUCAGCUGCAAGAAGCUGAGCGCAACUACCCGGUGCAUGACAAGGAACUCCUUGCCAUCAAAUAUGCCCUGGCCAAGUUUCGGGUAUAUCUCUUAGGAGAUAGGACCUUCAUUGUUGAUACCGACCAUGCGUCGUUACGCACGGCCGUAAACAGUCCACUUUUCUUGCAACAAAUGGCGAGGUGGCUGUCUUUCUUCGCGGAGUACAACUUCUCCGUCGAGUAUAAACCAGAACGAAUUAAUGUCGUCGCUAAUGCUCUUUCGCGUCGGCCCGAUUUCGAGCCGACUGCUCAACUUAACAGUAGGGGUGAUCCCACUGUCGCGACACUAACAGUGAGUGUUCCGUCGUCGAAUCUGCUCGACAAUGUGCGAAAAGCAUACGCAGAAGAUGAGUCUCUUCUGCUGUUGAUGGAUUACGCGUCUAACGCAUGCCGUCAAGCUUUGAAAGCUUGA